UAGAGAAAGAAAGAGAAAGGAGAAGAAGGAGAAGGAGAAGAAGGAGAAAGAGAAAGAGAAAGAGAGAGAAAUUUAUUUUAGUCCGGUAGUAAAGUCCAUCCUUGUCCACACAGGUGACCAUGGUAAAUUAGGCCAUGGCGAUACAGCGAAAGUCUAUCGUCCUCGAGUCAUUGAGGCUCUGCAAGGGCUCACCAUCCGGAAACUGACGACAGGAACCCAAGUAUCUUUUGCUCUAGCGGCUCAUGGGCAGGUAUGGGUUUGGGGGUCGGGAGCCUGUCUGGCCCUGGGGUCGUCCGACGCAACCAUGCUCAGGCCUCGUCCCAUUGAGGAGCUGGCAGGGCUGAGGAUUGUCGACAUCUCUGCGGGAGAUUCACACGCUCUUGCACUGACCCAUGAAGGCGAGGUUUAUGCCUGGGGAUCAAACACAAUGGGCCAGUGUGGCCAGGGACACACAGUAUCGCCCAUUACGAGACCAAAGAAAGUUAUGGGGCUAGAUGUUGCCGUGCAUCAAAUCAGUGCAGGAACCACACAUUCUAUGGCUUGGACAGCCAUACCAACUGAUCGACGAGUGGUAUCCUGGCACCGGCCAUUCUGCGUUGAUCUGCAGGAAGGAACGUUUUCUCUGCUACGUACAUUCAUUGAGCUUUACUGCUGCUUUGACGAUACUGAACAGCCUGUAAAACCAUUUGCUUCUGUCAGAGAGCAAGAGAAAUUUGUGCUCCUGUGUUUGCAGCUGCUCAACACACACCUAUCACUAGCUCUGACUGGGGGCAUGACACAGACAGUUCUGGGAUCGGAGGCAGCACCCCUUCGGCAGUUGCUCUUCAGACUAGUAGAUGCGAAGUUACCCCGGGCAAUAGAGGCAGGCGUGUGUGAAGGACUUAGCUCGCCUCUCCUCCUGCCGCCUCUAGCCUCUCGCAUGAGCCUCCUCUACAACCUCCUUCCGAAGUCGCCGGAAGACUGGGGGCAGCUCUCUCGUGGCCAGCGUCUGCAACUUGGAAUUCUGGUAGUGAGUCUUGAAGACCACAGCCAUGUAGCUGCUCUGCUGGGUUAUGGGUCCCCUGAGGAUGCCCCUUCUAUGCAACACGGCUCAUCUACUACGCUGCCUCAAGACCUCAUGCACACACUGUUGGCAAAUCUGAGAUUCCAUGCAGAACACCAGUUAAAUCAGAUCCUUGAGGAAGAAAAGCCAGCCAAAAGUGGGCUCCUUAAAGACACCCGUCACAUUUGCCAACCGGCGACCCAGCAAGCCAGCUAUGAUGUGGAAAUGAAGGGACCGCAAGUGACCUCGGUACAAGAGCCUCAGGCUGCGUGUCCAGAGAGCUCUCCUGGAAUGCAGCAAGGACAACAAAAAUUACCAACCAUUGCCAUUCAGGAUUAUGGCAAGGACAAAGUGGGGCCCAGCAGCUAUGAAACGAGACACCAGUAUAUAGACUCGCAGCUCGGGGGUACUCAUCCUCAGCAUCUGCUUCGCCUGUUAUCCACACUUCAUUCACACCUCCUGGCUUACUGUACUCACCAUCAGUUCGAAGAGCUUUGUUGUCAGAAGUCAGCGAGCAUGCAUCUCUUAUAUGAUCAUCUGAGUGAACUGUUGGAGGUGUGCGGUGAACUGCUGAAACAGACGUCCAAGCUGUUGGCCUCGCAUCCCGGACUCGCUCAUCUCAUUCAUGAUGUUGUCUACCGCAGUGUGUGUGGCUGGGUCAUGGCCCACAUUGUGUAUGCCCUUCUGCUUUUCCCGGCCAGGCUGGUUCGGCCUCUGCUUGGCCCCCUCAGAGCCAUUCUCCCCAUCCUGGACUCGACAAAUCGCACCAUAGCUUCCGUCACUUCUUUUACUGACCAAGAAGAUGUGACCUCAGAAGUUGACACGCCCACCCCUGAUACUGUUAAAAGUGUUGGUGGCGGGGUUGUUGGUCGUCAGUGGGCCUGGCUGUUGGACGUAGAGCGAGCCUGUGGACUUGUGGUUGGUCGCUGCUUAGAAGGGAUGCUGCUUGGUCCACCUUUGACACCAAAUGAAGUCCGUUGUAAACCUUGGCUCUCCUCACAGCUCUUCUGCAGUGGUCUUGCUGUGGAAAAUUUAUGUCCAGACAAAGUUACCCGAACCAUCAAUUAUGUCAUAAGUAUUGUUGAGUGUGGGAAACAACUUGUGAUUGAAGCUCUGCAGAAUAUGACAGCAGCCUUCCCGCAACUUGCAACGGUUCUUGAGUCAGAGAGCCAAAUGAUGCUGUGGAUGGAGGAAAUGGCGUGUGGGGAAGACUGGGACACGUGUGAGGUGAAGGAUGACCCACUUCUGGACACGUCGACACACCUUCUGCUCUCCACCUUUCUAAUGCACUCGGAAAUUUCUCAGUCACAGCUCAGUCUCCACUUCUGUGGUGUGAUGCGAGAGGUGUUUAGACUGGUGUAUCAUAUAAGGAGACGACUUGUCACACUGAAGACUCAGGAGACGACAGUUAAAAUACCAGCUAUAGCAACUGAAAUUAUAUCAUCACCAGCAGAAGUUCAUGAGCGAUCGCAAGACGGAUCAGAGUCUGCGCAGGAUGAAGAACGCGCUCGUGUGGAAUUGGUUGAGCAGAUGCUGUCUCUCAGAGUGUCUCUAAACCAUGAACCAGGGUCAACGGAAGACCAGGAGGAAGUGCGUGAGCUGAGGGAACGACUGAUGGCCAUGCGAACUCAGGGACCUUUUGAAGACCAAGAUGCAGAGGAAGGUGGUCAGGAUCCUGUAGAGGAGGGCGUGAGUUACGAGGCUGCUAAUAUACACAUCAUUACCCAGUGUCUUGUUCUGAUGAUGUGUGUGCAGCCUGCAAAAGUCUUCAGCCAACCACCAAUGGAAUUAUCUAUCCAGGAGGUGAUUGGGAUUGUGUUAGGUCGUUGCGUCGAAGUGCUGAGGUUCGUUGGAGCCGAAGACCACCAGCUGUCCCACAUUAAAACCACCCACACCCUUCCUCCAGGACCAGAGGUGCUGCUGGCAUCUAUGACCAUCCAACAGGCCAGAGCAGAGUCUCGCCUCAAAGCCUUGGAGCUGAUGUUGAGCCUGCUGACCCCAGUCCAGGACGGCGAGAAGAGUGAGGAGGACGGCAGACAGAACGCCUCCCUGGAAAAGACGUGUGGAUCUCUCUUGCCUUCUGUUUACCACGAGGUCAUGACUGGGUGCUUCGGCCUGGAGAGCCUGUGGAGCAGCAGCAGCUAUUCCCUGAUUCGAUCGCUAGAGGCCACACACUACCUGGACGGCAUAAGGGCUGCCACACAACCCAUGCAGCAGAGAAUAGCUAGGACUGUCCACAUUAUAUACAAACAUCUGGUGUCGUCUCUCCUUCAGCACGAACAGCCAGAUAAAGGACUCCGAGAACGAUUGUGUCUGCUCACAGUCUUUGCACUGAGUGUUCGAUAUGAGGCUGCAGAUCUUAGUCUAGCUGUCUCUAGUGGGCUUCUGGAUGCCCUGGUACGGAUGUGCUGCCCCUACGACCCUCCGGCUUUGCGACACACUCCGCACCCAUCACCUUCCGAUCUUCUUCCCCAUGCUACACAUACACUCUUCCAAAUCCUUACCAUCUUAACAGGGUAUUAUGCUGAAGAUAUCAGCACAUCAGUGCUAGGCCAAGUAAUGAAUCUGCUGUACCUGCAAGUGGAAAACCUGGCAAACCAUAUAAUUAAAGCCAAUGAAACUUCAUGGACAAGUUUCAGCCAUAGUGAACCUGCAGUUCCUGAAGAGAAGAAGAAUGUGGAGGUGAUAUCAGAAGAGACACCAAUGGACAGAGCAGACUCUGAGACAAAUGAAAUGGAUGUAGAAAUAACCAAUGUAAAAGAAAAGAAGGCUGGCCAAAGAAAGUUGGAAUUACAUCUUCCGGGAUUGAAUGCAGAACAAGUGAGCAAUAGUACAGGAGAUGCAAGGAAACGUAGACAUUUGGAAGUGACCCUUGGUAACCUGCUUGUGUUUGUCCGUCGUUUAUGUGUAAACCGAAGGGUGAGAGAGCUAGUUGGCAGGCAUCCUUGGGUGCGGUUAUUAUUGUUAGUGACGGGAGAGCAGGCAGAGACUCACCUACCACAGAUGAUCAGUGUUAGGACACGAGUGUUGGCACUUACCCUCCUUGGAGCAACUCUUCCAUAUUCUGAUCUUGACCUUGAGGCACGUGAACAAGUUGUAAGGCAGCUGUUUAUGCAACUAGCAGCCAAUAUGUGGGUGAUACCAUCAGCUCAGGCACAUCUUAAGGCCAGCCAGUUACUCAUGGAACUGCAGCGUCAUCUGGUCAGGCUCUCCAGUCCAGAUCUACUUGAUGAACAGUCUCGGCCAGAGUCUCCUGAUGAUAACCUUCCCGUACAGGAGGUUGGAUUCGACCCUGAUAAGUCUGUCUGUUGCUCUGUAGAAGGAGGCCACACACUUGUGCACGGGCCAGGUGGAAGAGGAUAUGGCCUAGGAUCCACACCAAUAACUUCCGGAUGUUACCAGUGGAAAUUCCUCAUUGUAAAGGAGAACAGAGGUAAUGAAGGUACUUGUGUCGGGGUUUCGAAGUACCCUGUGCGAGACUACAGCCAUAGGACGUCAUCAGAUAUGUGGCUGUAUAGAGCAUACUCUGGGAACCUCUACCAUAAUGGGGAACUUAGUAUUUCACUUCCAAGCUUCACACAGGGAGACUACAUUACAGUUGUACUUGACAUGGAAGCCAGAACUCUCAGCUUUGGAAAGAAUGGGGAAGAACCACGUCUUGCUUUUGAGAACAUUGAUGCAACAGAGCUAUACCCAUGUGUGAUGUUUUACAGCACCAAUCCUGGAGAAAAAGUGAAGAUGGUAGACAUGCAGGUGAGAGGCUCCCCAAGAGACCUCGAUCCUGGGGACCCUCUGUGUGCUCCUCAGGCAGCCUGUGCUGGCAGAGGCUCACAUUGCUCUGCUUCGUCAACUGCACGAAGCACCCAUCUGGACACAGCAAGUACUAAAGAGCUCAUACCCACCAAAUGUUCCUGCAUAACCAAUGUAAAAGAAAAGAAGGCUGGCCAAAGAAAGUUGGAAUUACAUCUUCCGGGAUUGAAUGCAGAACAAGUGAGCAAUAGUACGGGAGAUGCAAGGAAACGUAGACAUUUGGAAGUGACCCUUGGUAACCUGCUUGUGUUUGUCCGUCGUUUAUGUGUAAACCGAAGGGUGAGAGAGCUAGUUGGCAGGCAUCCUUGGGUGCGGUUAUUAUUGUUAGUGACGGGAGAGCAGGCAGAGACUCACCUACCACAGAUGAUCAGUGUUAGGACACGAGUGUUGGCACUUACCCUCCUUGGAGCAACUCUUCCAUAUUCUGAUCUUGACCUUGAGGCACGUGAACAAGUUGUAAGGCAGCUGUUUAUGCAACUAGCAGCCAAUAUGUGGGUGAUACCAUCAGCUCAGGCACAUCUUAAGGCCAGCCAGUUACUCAUGGAACUGCAGCGUCAUCUGGUCAGGCUCUCCAGUCCAGAUCUACUUGAUGAACAGUCUCGGCCAGAGUCUCCUGAUGAUAACCUUCCCGUACAGGAGGUUGGAUUCGACCCUGAUAAGUCUGUCUGUUGCUCCGUAGAAGGAGGCCACACACUUGUGCACGGGCCAGGUGGAAGAGGAUAUGGCCUAGGAUCCACACCAAUAACUUCCGGAUGUUACCAGUGGAAAUUCCUCAUUGUAAAGGAGAACAGAGGUAAUGAAGGUACUUGUGUCGGGGUUUCGAAGUACCCUGUGCGAGACUACAGCCAUAGGACGUCAUCAGAUAUGUGGCUGUAUAGAGCAUAUUCUGGGAACCUCUACCAUAAUGGGGAACUUAGUAUUUCACUUCCAAGCUUCACACAGGGAGACUACAUUACAGUUGUACUUGACAUGGAAGCCAGAACUCUCAGCUUUGGAAAGAAUGGGGAAGAACCACGUCUUGCUUUUGAGAACAUUGAUGCAACAGAGCUAUACCCAUGUGUGAUGUUUUACAGCACCAAUCCUGGAGAAAAAGUGAAGAUGGUAGACAUGCAGGUGAGAGGCUCCCCAAGAGACCUCGAUCCUGGGGACCCUCUGUGUGCUCCUCAGGCAGCUGUGCUGGCAGAGGCUCACAUUGCUCUGCUUCGUCAACUGCACGAAGCACCCAUCUGGACACAGCAAGUGAAUGACUGCAUAAUAGAAAGACUGAACCAGACUAAAGAGCUCAUACCCCAACCAAAAGAUGUUCCUGAGAGUGUAGAAACAGUAUCAAAGAGUGAGUCAGACACUGAAGAUCCAGCCUUUGACUUUGAACCACUUGUAAACGCAAGCGAGGUUCAGACAUCAAGAGAAACUUCUCGGGAAGACCUUGUUUUAACUCUUGACGAACGACUGGAGCAAGAAGAACGAACGAAGAAGAAGACCGGGUCCUGCUCAGAUGACGACGAUAGGAACACCCCAAGAGCAACUCCCAGAUCAGGCUCGGAUUCCAUCGGUCAGGAGAAGAAAACUCUGAAAGGGAAGUCCUGCAAACAGAAUCUCGUAUAUGAAAUGAAUCUUGAGCAGCUGUGCAAAGAGGUUUAUCCUGCUCUUGCCAUGAUUGGUGGAGUGGACAGCGGGUUGCGCGUUGGGGGUCAAUGCGUCCAGAAGGGCACAGGUCGCAGGGCCAUGGUUCUGGGUGCUCUGCGUCAGGGGCAUCCUGCUGUGAAGGUACAAUGGUGUGACUGGGAUACAAGUAUUAGUGAUGUGCCAGUAUCUUUCUUGGAGCCAGUGGAACCACCACCUUUUGAUGUCUCAAAAAUGACUGGCAUAACAGCUCAGGUCAUUACACAGAUCAUGCGACUGGCUGGGCUUACCCAAGAGAUUGAGUUCCCAAAAGUCACCUACAACCAUGAGACAGAUGAGGUGCAUACUUCAUCUACAGGCAGCCUGAUUUCCCCACACCUUCCCCAAGCACAUGAAGAAGCAAAGUCCCAAAAUGCAGUGAACUCAAGUGGGCCAUCACACUCACCAAGUCCUCGCAAAGGGUCCAGGGGAAGUGGUGAUGGCUUGACAAUGGAGCUGUUGACAGACCAGCUUGUUACGAACAUUAUGGAUGAGGUAACUGGGAGAUCAGUAGAAGUCCCGGAGCAGCAAGAGCCGGUAGUGCCAAUGCAAAAAGAUUCUCCUCAGGUAACUAAUACAGGGGAGUUAGCAGUAGAGGAAGGCAUGGCACUGCGCUUGGCAUUCCUCCAGAGUGCUAGUUUGCGUGCCAUUUGUGCUAUCAUGAACUGCACGCGCUAUGCAGAGAUGCUGCUGGUUCCCAAGGCUGCUCAGGAAAAGGAUGGUGGUGAAAAGGGUAGUUCUGUGUCCCUUUUACAUGAAGAAGAUGAAAUCCGCACAGCAAUAAGAGUUCUUGUCAGACAUCUGGUUUCUGCUUGUACAUUAGCUCAGCCACUAAAGAGGCAAGUGAGUGUGGCUGAAGUGGAGCGAUCACACCUAGUUCUUCAUAGCAUGUGCAUGAGAGCCUGGGCAGAAGACAGCCUCAGUGUUGCUGACACCCAGUCUCGCAUCAUGGCUCUGACAGCAAAUGAAGAAAGAACUACAGAUCAGAUUGUGGAGGCGACAGAACGGCCACAGAGUAUCAUCACCGAACUUCCUACAACAGGAACAGAUGUGAGAGCCCCCAAACGACCAAUUCCUUCCCUAGGUCUGCCCAUAACAGUACCAUGUGCUCCAGCUAGUCAUCCUGGAGGGGAAGUGCACUCUAUACACUCUGCCUCCCAGUCGUCUCGCACAACCCAUAGUCCUUCAAGGGGUCGAUCUGUGGGCCCCCUGACCCCCCAGAGUGCCCCACUUCCCCCCAUGGCAAGGAGUCACUCUCCUUCACCUCCUCUGACCCCCCUCCCUCCCUUGCCUCCCCCAAUCGCCACUCCGUUGCUGGAGAUGGGAUUCUCGCUCAAACACAUUCAGAAAGCUAUUGCUGCCCAAGGCCACAAAGGUGAACCAUCAGCAGCUCAAAUCAACCAGCUAGUGACAUGGAUGCUGGAACACCCUUGCAUUGACGCCAGUGAGACUAGUGAGAGGAGGCGUUCUCAUGACGACACCUCGUCUUCUUCUGUUGCUGCUGCAGCUGCACAGUUAAUUGAAAGAAGUGAUAUACAGGAUCUCAGUGGAAGGAGGAUGAUUCUCCGAAGAGGAGGCUGCGUUGAUCUCCGUUCGUCCGUGGUUCCUUCAAGACCAUCAGGACGUGGACUAGACACUAGGGACACUGAGAGCUCAAGACAAAUGCAGCACGGGCGCAGCGAGCCAACGCGCUUCCGAUAUGGAGGAGUGGGGUUCGAAGACCAACUAAGAGGGUCAGACGACUCCAUUGGAACUUUACCCAAUGAUUUAGACCAGUGGUUGUGCGGCUCUGUCGGGCCAGACUCUAUGCAGGGAUCUUCUGCCUUAUCUGCAUCCAGGGAUCGAGAAUGGAGGGCGUUGAUGGAGGUAGCAACAAAUAAUGAUGGGGACAGGACUCUCAGCAUCUGUGAAGUUUGUCACCAUGCCACAAGCAACCUCCGUCAGCACAUGCGGGUUGCCCACCCUGGUUGUGCCCGGCCCUGGAUGGCAGGGGUUUGUGGUACACUUAUUGGUGGAACGUACAUCUUAUGCGAGGUGUGUCAGGAGCAGCAUGCAGGGGGCAGCAGUAGCAUUGGGGGUUCUGGGGGCUCAGGGGACGGCCAGGAUCGGCUGCGGGACUUGACCACAGUCCUCGCCCCUGACUUGGCCCCGGCUCCUCUUGCCACCAUGGAAGCUUCAGGAGCUCGCCCACGUGAUAGCAACAUAACUGCUGUACCUGAUCGAAGCCUAGGAGAGCAGGCCGCUGCUCUCACCUCCCCGAUUGCAAGGAUCUCGGCACUCCGGCGCACCACACACGCCCUCAGGGUCACCAUAGCUCGUGCCGUUGUGAUGCGGGCUCUGUCUCUCCUUGCCUUGAGCGGUGGGUCUUGCGACCUGUGGGCUGGGCUGAAUGCCCUUGGGCUCUGCGAUGUUCGCCUGCUGGUCCGAUUGAUGUGGCUGGUUGCACAAGGACGUGUACCACUUGAUGGAUCUGCGCGGACGACCGGUGCAGUGCUUCAGCCAACAGACAUCACCACGAGCCUCGCACACCUGAGUGAUGCCAUUGGUGCUCUUGCCCAAAAUGACACAGAUGCGGCCAAAUUGCUUCUACAUUUGUGUACACAGCAUUUGAUGGUAGCGGCCAUGGGUAUGUCCAGUGGAGACAUUGUGGGAGGAUCAGGAGAAGAGGAUGUAGAUGUGACGCUUUGUGAGGAGAGGAGAGGCUGCCAGAAUGCCUCCGCCAUGCACCAGACAAGCUUUCCCGUGACGCAGGCACUCGUGUCCCUCCUGGCUGCCAAUUCCUCCCUUAUCCACUUGGCAGGGAAAGGAGAAGCUGUGACAUCUCCAGUGACAGCAAGUGGGGGACAGGGAGACCCUGGAAUUCAACUCGCUAAUGCCCUUGCCGCUUGCAUACUGUCCACGCGCCUUCCACAUUCACACCGUCAGUGGGCUGCUACUCAGCUGGUUGAAUGCAUUGGAGGCCGUGCACAGUUGGCUGAGCAUUGCAGUGAUUUUCCGGGGCCUAAUAUCACUAGUGCAGCUGACUUCACAGGAGCUCUGCCACGUGUGCCAACUUCUUACCUAGAAGGGCAUACUGCAUGCGCUUCGAGGGCCCUCUGGAUGCCAGGAAAGAACUUGCUUGUUACCAGUGGACACGAUGGCUCGGUAAGAACUUGGAAGGUGAGUCAGCGUUCUCAUGCCUGCCAAGAACACACGUUGGUGUUCCAACAAGAUGAGAAUGACAGCAACUACUCAGUCAAUCCUCCUGCCAUAGAACAUGUGGUGGCAUUACCCACUGGACGACACAUUGCUGCAUCUUCUGAAAACGUUCUCAAUAUAUGGCCGUUGAACAGUAGCACUGUGGCAGCAUGGACAAGUAGCAGCAUCAUAACAGCACUUGAGGCUCCUCUACAUGGUGUGUGUGAUCUCAUAAUCACUGGGCAUCAUGAUGGCUCUGUUACACUAGCUGCCUUUACGGCGAGUGGCAUUAUUCCAAAUCCUAUUAGGCAUGCUGGAAGGCAGGAUGUGUAUGUAAGUUGCCUGGCAUGGCAUGACCAAGACAAAGAUCUGGCAGUGGGUUUCAGCGAUGGUGUUGUCCGCGUUUGUUCAGUCCAGUCUGACGUGGGGAGUGUUACUGUUCAAGCCCAACAGGGUCCGGUUCAGUGCCUAGAAUGGAGUAGCAACUGUUGCUUGCUGGCUUCAUGUGGGGAAGGUGGCACCAAGGUUUGGACGCAGACGUCAAGUGGAUGGACUCCCGUGUAUUCCUUAGAUUACAAAUCUCUGCCGCUAUGCAUAAAAUGGUCUCCAAUUAUAAGUGGAGUACUUGAAGGGGAAUGUACCCACAUGUUAGUUGUGGGGCAUGAGGAUGGUCUAGUCACAGUGUGGGUAGUGCCCCAGAGUCCUGCUUCCUCUGGGGAUUCAGAAUAUAGGGGCAGUGCACAGCAUGGGGAAGGUGCCGAGUCAUGUGACCCAAGGUGCCAGCUGCAGCUUCGAGGCCACCAGAGCCCAGUCACUUCCUUGGCCAUCUCAACCUCGGGUCUUAUGCUGGCGACAGGUUGCCAGAAGAGCAUGAAUGGAAUGGUGAAUGUCUGGUCUCUACAAGAAGGCUCGCUACUUCAGACUUUGGUUGGCUCGGGAGGAAUUAAUGCUUUGGUUUGGUGUGGAACGUCUGGCUUGGGUAUCUGCGUGUCCCGCUCGCAGAACGUAGUGUUUACAGCGCUAUCGGAUGACCAGUUCUUCAAGCUUCGUAUCCCGGCUUUCUGUCGCACACGCUUGCACACUUGGGGAAUGACGGGGCUGCAUCAGGCUCCCUGUCUGCGGGCGCUCCUGUCCCACCUUCCCUCUCUGCUGCUCUCUCAGUACCAGCAUGAGAAGCCGAUGGUGAGCAGCGGAGAACAGCUAGUGCACAGCCGUUACCUUCAGCAGCUUUGUUCCUUGGCAUUGUUACUCAGGUUGGACUGCGUCCUCUGCAUGCAGCCGGCACCAGUUCACGUUACCAGACCAGAAUCAGUUGUUGAGUGGAAUUGGCUGGAAACUCUUUGCACAGCCGUGAGCACAGCAGAAAGUCUGAAAAAGCGAACACCUCUCCCUCGUGCUUUUACAACUCAGCUUUUAAAACAUUCAGAUGAUAAAGAACACCUGAACUAUGCCAUGGAAAACAGCAAGUGGGAUGUGGAGCAGGAUGCAGCUGUGAUGUCGUGGGCAACACAUCACCCUGGGGACUGGCAGGUUGGGGGGCGCUGCCAGGUCUACAUGUGGGGCAGUGGCAGGCACGGGCAGCUGGCAGAGACCGGUCGUAGCAGUUUGGCGCCAGUCCUUACAGAAUCUCUAGGAUGUGCACAGCAAGUUGUCUGCGGGCAAAACUGUACGUUCAUAGUGACCGCCAAUGGGUCCAUCUUGGCCUGUGGGGAGGGGAGCUAUGGCCGCCUUGGCCAAGGAAACUCCGAUGACCUGCACACGCCCUCCGUCAUAUCCACCUUGCAAGGCUUUGUCGUGACACAAGUUGCAACCUCGUGUGGCUCAGAUGGCCAUAGUUUAGCUGUAACGGACAGUGGAGAGGUUUUCUCGUGGGGGGAUGGAGAUUAUGGCAAGUUGGGCCAUGGGAACUCUGACCGUCAACGGAGACCGAGGCAGAUUGAGGCGUUCCAGGGACAGGAGGUCGUUCAGCUGGCUUGCGGAUUCAAGCACACGGCAGUAGUGACAUCAGAUGGCAAACUGUUCACUUUUGGGAAUGGGGAUUAUGGAAGACUUGGUCUGGGUUCGACUGCAAACAAGAAGCUGCCCGAGAGAGUCACGGCCCUGGAUGGCUGGCGGAUUGGUCAAGUGGCUUGCGGACUGAAUCACACUGUUUGUAUUGACAUUGACGGAAACACUGUUUGGGCUUUUGGAGAUGGUGACUAUGGAAAAUUAGGCUUAGGAAAUUCCACUUCGAAGUCUACACCACAGAAAGUAGAAGCUAUGUGUGGUAUUGGCAUAAAAAAGGUUUGUUGUGGCACUCAGUUUACAGUGUUUCUCACUAAAGAUGGCCGCGUUUAUACAUGUGGAAUGGAUCGGCUCAUCGGCCAGCCAGAAUCACGGACAAGAGGACACAAUCGGCCUCAGCAAGUUCCUGCUCUUGUAACUCAUGUAGUGGUUGAAAUAGCAGUUGGAUCUGAACACACAUUAGCUCUUGCUAAUAAUGGAGAUGUGUAUGGCUGGGGAGUAAACAGCGACGGACAGUUGGGACUUGGGCACACUGCAGCAGUGCGAGAACCCCAGCUCAUCUGGACGCUGUCAGGGAAGGGGAUCCGUCAGAUCAGUGCCGGUCGCAGCCACAGUGCAGCCUGGUCAGCCCUGCCACUUCCUCCAGUGACCCCAGGGACCCCAGCUCCCAUGCAGCUUGGGAUUCCCGUGUCAGUGCCACCACAGUACCCAAACUUGCAGAACAUUCCCCCAGGUGCUCUCUGCUCAAGGCUGAGGAUGCUCCAUCAGUUCAGUGAUCUGCUCUAUGCAUCAUGGAAGCUCAUACCCCUGACACCUGGGCUGGAAUGCUACAUAGAAAAUGUGAGCGCAGUAACCUGUGCGGCUGUGCGUUCACUUGUGUCACCCAGAGUCUACACCCUUCCUUUGGUCCGUUGCCUUGGGCGAACUAUGGUCCAGGGACGAAAUUACGGACCCCAAGUUACAGUCAAAAGAAUAUCGACGAGAGGAGCUCCGUGUAAGCCUAUUUUCAUACAGCUGGCUCGGCAAGUAGUGAAACUCAAGCCAUCAGACCUGAGACUUCCCUCCAGAGCUUGGAAGGUAAAACUUGUUGGCGAAGGAGCAGAUGAUGCAGGUGGUGUGUUCGAUGACACAAUGACAGAAAUGUGUCAUGAACUGGUGACAGGUGGAGUUCCUCUUCUCAUACCAACACCCAAUGCAGUCUCAGAUGCUGGAAACAACAGGGACCGUUUCCUCCUUAACCCCGACUUGACACAACAUCACCACCUUCUCUGGUUCAAAUUCUUAGGUAUAUUAUUUGGCAUUGCCAUUCGGACCAAGAAACCCCUCGCUCUCCCCCUGGCCCCGCUGGUGUGGAAGCUGCUGGCUGGGGUGCCUCCCUCCUCAUCUGAUCUGGAGGAGGUUGAUAUUGAAUAUAUGCAGAGCUUGCGAGCCAUCAGAGAUAUUGACCAGGAUGGGGUUACGGAAGACACUUUCCAUGAUGUGAUACCCCUUGAGAGUUUCGAGUGUACGAGCAUGACUGGAGCUCGGGUGGCAGUGGUUCCUGGAGGAAGAGCGGUUCCUCUGACAUUUACUAACAGACAAGAAUAUGUCAACCGAACAAUCUACUACAGGCUGCACCAGAUGGAUAGACAGGUUGCAGCUGUGCGUGAGGGCAUGGCCUGGAUCAUCCCUGUGCCACUGCUCUCUCUGAUGACAGCGGCUCAUCUUGAACAGCUAGUCUGUGGCCUUCCACACAUUUCUGUGGCCACACUUAAAAAAGUUGUGAGGUAUCGUGAGGUGGACGAGAAUGACCCGCUUGUGGUAUGGCUCUGGCACAUCCUGGAGUCGUUCAGCCCCUGUGAACGGGUUCUCUUUGUCCGCUUUGUGUCUGGGCGCUCGCGACUGCCGGCUAAUUUGGCUGAUCUAUCGCAGCGGUUUCAGGUUAUGCGUGUGGACCGGCCUAUCGACUCCCUGCCUACUGCUCAGACCUGCUUUUUCCAGCUACGACUCCCACCCUACUCCAGCCAGGAGGUGAUGGCAGAAAAAAUGCGCUAUGCUAUCAACAACUGUCGCUCAAUUGAUAUGGAUAACUACAUGUUAGCCAGAAAUCAAGACCCUAACCAUCAUUCUGAUGAUGAUGAGUUUUAGGCAAUAGAUAAUGAUAUGGAGACAAUCAUAUAUCAUGGAGAAAAAAUAGAGUGAUUGACAAACAUGAGUCUGUAUAAUAAUGAUGUGAUAUUUUCAUAUGUCACAUAUCAGAGCUUAUUUUAUUAUAGAUCAGAUUCAAAGACCCUUUCAAAUAAUCAGCCAUGAAAGAAAGUGCAUUCCAUUACAUAUAUUUAUGAUAAUAUUUAUGAAAACCUCUCAAUGUUUUUUAAAUAUGGCAGUGCUCAUUCCUCUCAGAAUACAACACCUUUCAUCAUGUCUUUCAUUAUUAAAAGCCAUAUGUUAAUGUUUAUUACACUCAUGUAGGAUAAAUGUCGACUCAUUCUCGGACACAUUUAUUCUUUAUAGAGUGAAUAUUCAAGAAAGGACAAUUACAGCUUUGGGUGUAAAAUCAGUAUAUAGCAGCAAGUCUUAAGUAUCCUUUUGCUUUUGUGUGGACAAGUAAUGAGUCAAUGGAGGCUGAUUUUUUUUUUUCUCAUCUUUAGGAAAUCUCAUAAAUUGCUGUAGUUUUUGUAUAUUUAAAAAAAGAUCAAUCAUUUUUGUGAAUAAAAAAAAAAGAGUGAUAAUGGUGAAGCCAGCAAUUGGAACAUAAUUUGAGCUGUGACAUGUCAUAUUUUGACAAGUUCUUGUUUUUGUUUUUGUUUGUGGAGUGAUAGUAAAGAUCACAUUUUACUGAAGUUAAUGGAUCAAGGAGCCACAGUGUGAAGUCUUGUACAAUUCAUGGUUUUAGGCUUUAUGAUAUUCCUGAGGCACGAAUCUUUUAUUGUUAUGUAUUUGACACCUGAAAGGAAAUUGGAGAACCUGUAUCAAGUUUAUUUCAGGUUUUAUGCAGCGAUGUUUCUGUUCGUUAACUUGGUUUGGUAAGUCUCGUGGUAAUUUUAUGAAACUGAAAGUAAUCUACCUAGUCUUUUAGUCACAAAAUUUUAUGUAUGUAAAACACUACUUCCCGUAAAACAAAGUCUCUCAAAUGCUUAUGUUAUUGGUGGUUAAAGGAGCCAGGGCAGUUACCGAUUGCCGCAAGCACUAUAUGUGAAGCAGUCUGCAUAAUGUACAGAGAAGUUUACCAAUAGAGAGAGAGAGAGAGAGAGAGAGAGAGAGAGAGAGAGAGAGAGAGAGAGAGAGAGAGAGAGAGAGAGAGAGAGAGAGAGAGAGAGAGAGAGAGAGAGAGGAAAUCAUGAACGGGAGUGAAUUCUAGAUUGCAGGAUCUUUUUAUUCAAUUUUAUCAUAGGUGAAACUUGUGGAGGAGCUUCUCAGUAGUCUCGUCUGUGUUGUGUAUUAGUGUGGUGCUGAAGUUACGGUUUUGUAUUUUGAUGUGUGUGUUUUUUUAUGAGUGGCUUUAUUAUGAACAUGAAUAGCUUGAGUAAGAUUGUGUGAACCUUGUGAUCUGGCAGCACCUAUAUUUUAGCUAUUGUAAACAUUGAAAGAAUGUGGAAAGUGUUACUGAAUAAAAAAAACUGUGUAGUUAAGUUUGCAUUCAGUCUGUAGUGGAUUACAGCAUUAGUCUUUGAAUAUCUGCAGUACAUGAUAAAGAAUGCUGUGGGUUUUUUUUCAUUUAUUUUUUCUAGGAAGAAUUAUUUUAAUUUCCUUUUUGAUGAAAUGUGAUAAAUGUCUUUUUUUUUUUUGUAAGUGUGUUGGGGGGAGAGUGUACAUAGCAACUGAUUUUGACCAAACUGCAGUGAUGAUGUUAUGAAAAAGAAAAAAAAGCCUCUCUUUUGCGAGACACCAAUUGAUGAGCUUUGUGAUUCAGGUUUUCAAUCUGAGUAUGAGCUUCUGGAUGUUGCUUUUUCAUUUUUCUUUGGCGAUAUUUCCUUCAAUGUGUGUCUUGUGAUGAAGAAGAAACAUUAUGCAAACAAAGAGACAAACCUCUUUCACUUGAGGGUGUGAAACAAGGUGAAACGAUGGCCAAGUGCUGUUAAGAAAUGACAUUUUUUUUAGAGCUGGUUUGCUUUUGGAGCCUUUUUAAAAAAGAUAUGGUGAGGAAAUACAAUCCUUUUUAAUAUCACACAUUGCUUUCCCUUUGAUUUGGUUCAGAAAAAAAAGCGAUCUCACACGUAUUCUUUCAUGGAACACAACAAACUGCCUUGCUUCUUGUGAGGUCUUUCAGUCAGUCUUGAGGUGUAGUAGUGGCAUUGUAUUUUUAAACAGUGGUCUGUCCUUUUUCAGAUGAGUAUCAUUUUAUCAAUAUAUUGCUCAGGAAUUAUUGCCUUCGUUACAAGAAAGACUUUGUUUCCCCCAACUUUGAUAUAUCGUUUUAGGGUCUUCAGCGAUGGCCUACUGUUGAUCAAAUGUGAUUUAAUUUAUUUGUUUGCCUUUGGAGGAGUCUAGAUUCUAGGUUAUAGGCGAAGAGGUGAUCAUUUCUGUACUAUACUAUUUUUUUUCUUUUUAUCGAAGCAAAGUUGUAUUUGAGACAUUGGUGAUGAUUAGCCGAGUCAUCACUAACCUGUCAAGUGCAUCUUCACCCCAAUAAAAAGAAAAAGGGUAUAGUUUUAGUUGUUUCAGCUUUGAAACUAUGUAUUUGAUUUAUUAUCAUGUGUAUUUGUUAAGCUCUCAUUUAUUUCAUGAUGUUUUCUCCUGAACGAUAAACAUUUUCUGUUCUAUUUAUAUCAUCAGUUCAUUUUACACUAACUUUAAGUAGGAUCAUUGUGGACAAGGUUAAUAUGUUAUUAUUAUUUUUUUUUUCAAAUUAUUCAGUAUGCAGGAAGUAAGAAAACUUCAAUAUACUUGCUAGUCAUGAGAGACACAUUCACAAUCACUUAAUGACUGUUGUGCCAAAAUUAUUUGGAUUCGCGUGGACAGUUACGGAAAAGGGUGAUGGAGGCCUUUCCACUCGGGGGCCUUCCGUGUCUUGUUACUCCUCUUCCUAACUGUAUCGAGGGGUAUUUGAAUAAGAAAUAUUGAAAAGAGGUUCUUUAUAUGUCUAGGACAUCAGUCAUGAAAUAGGAAGAGUGGAUGGGUUCCUUGAAAACUUCUUUUUUUUUCAAAUGUUUCUUGCCAUUUUGCUUUUUUGCUCACUAUACAUUGUUGAAUCACAUGUUAUUUGUUUUGUUUAUGUAAUUCUGUUUGGAUUAUCACGACGAAAGUAAAAAGACAAUUGUACUGUAUUUGUAUGCAGGUUGAAUAAGAAAAAAAAGUGAUGGAU